AUGCAGUUGAUGAGCUCUGUGCGGACUGUCCGACCCCGGAGGAGCAACGCGACUGCCGCUAGACUCAUCUCCUUCGUCCUCUGCGUCGAGUGUUGGCUGGUCAAGCACGACUGUGCUCUGGCCGUAGCCGAGCACGAGCGCCCAACAGUGCGGGCACAUCGGCAGGAGCAUGCGCACUCCCACCUUGGCUUCCUAAGCGCCAACGUCAACCUUGCGAGGAGGAAGACGUUCUCGGCGUGUCCUGCCGCCCCGAUGACGUGUAGCCAAGGGCAGCGCAGGAGGCUGAUGAGGAUGAAUGGGGAAGCCGAGAACGACGGAGUCUGUAACCCCAGGAGCAAGAAGGUUGCGAUCAUCGGGGCUGGAGCCGCAGGCUUGGCUGCCGCCAAGCAGAUGCGGCUAGCAGGGCAUGAGGUGACGGUCUUCGAACAGACCGGGGAGGUAGGAGGGGUGUGGCAGUACAGCAAUCAGACAGAAGGAGAUCCACUGGGGCAGGUGGGGGUAGAGGAGCGCGUGCACUCGUCCAUGUACGAGAAUCUCCGCACAAACCUCCCGAGAGAGGUCAUGUCUUUCUCCGACUUCGACUUCGACACCUCCUUCGGCGACCCACGUCGCUUCCCCCACCACAGCGCCGUUUUCAACUACCUCGUCGCCUACAGCGAGGUCAACGGUCUCAGGGAGCACAUCGCCUUCCGGAGAAGGGUCCUUUCCAUCGAGCCCUGCGCGAGCCAGCAGGAAGGAAGAGGUUUCCAAGGGCAUUCUUGCGAGCCUUUCCUGCCCGAGCUGGAGGGGAGCGAGAUCUUCUCCGGGGUGGUGAUUCACUCGCACAACUAUCGCAGCCCCCAGCAGUUCUCGGGCAGGAACGUGCUCGUCGUGGGGGCCUCGGCGUCGGGAGAGGACAUUUCAAGGGAGGUUGGGGCCGUGGCGAACCAAGUCUUCCUGUCUGCUCGGUCCUGGCAGAACCCGGAGUGGGGGCAUCCUAACGCCCCUCCCUUCGGAGAGAAGAGGAACAUCCAUAGGCGCCCCACCAUCGCUCGCUUCCUCGGGCAUGACAGCGUGCAGUUCGACGACGGACGGGUCGCAGAGAAGCUUGAUGCGGUCAUCUACUGUACAGGCUACAGGUAUCAUUUCCCCUUCCUGCAGACAAGUGGAGUAGUGGACGUGGAGGACAACGCCAUCUUUCCUCUCUACAAGCACAUGCUCCCUCCUUCCAUGCCUUCCAUCGCCUUCAUCGGCAUCCCCGCCAAGAUCGUCCCCUUCCCUCAGUUCGAGAUUCAAGCGAGAUACGCUGCCAAGGUCUGGGCGGGAGAAAUCCAGCUGCCCUCUGAGCAGAAGAUGCUGGAGGAGGUUACGGCUGAGUGGGAGAGAAAGAAGGAGCUCGGUGUCCCUCUCAAGUACUUCCACGUCCAGGGAGGAGAUCAGUUCGAGUACAACGACGAGCUGCUCUCGCUCUGCAACGCAGAUCCGCUGCCAGAAUGGAGGAUGUACAUGUUCUCACAGUGUGGGCAGAACAAGCGCAAGUUCCCUGAGAGCUACCGGGAUACUCCGCUGCCAACCAUUGAAGAUUAUGAGCAGAUGUUAGCGAGAGCCAGGCUAGCUGCGGCUCGAUGAUGACCAUGGAGAAAAGAAUAUUUAUUGCAUCUUCAUCAUCAGAGAAGCAGCAGCGUGUUGGUAAGGAAAGAUGCGAAAAUGCAGUUGAGCUAGACAGAAAGCAAGAUAGAGAGAAAGAGAAAGAGAAUAGAAACAAUGUAUCAGUUCACGAACAAAUCAUUCAACAUGUGCUUCAUGCGGCCCCGCUGUCAACUUGUAAGUGCUCAUCAUGGUUGUGUUUACAAGGUUUACCUUUC